AUGUCGUCACCUGAGAAGCGCCGCUCUCAGCGCACUUCGGCCUCGGCAACCCCGCGACGGAGUGGCCGUGGCCAAAAUUCUCAGUUACCGCCCAGUAGCCCACCGCCAGUUGGCCCAGACGAGCAAUUACAGUCUGAAGCCACGCAAGCCUCACAGCGCGGGUCUCAAGCAACUCCUAGAAAUACCAGAUUUCAGUCUGCAUCUACACAAUCCCCUCUGUUCUUCCGUUCCUCGCCUGCCAACCCAUCGGGACAAGGGGCCGAGAAUGGCGCAGAUGAGAGCGAUGGCGGAGCGACACCAAAGGCUUCUGCCAUGACGAUUGGGGACUCCUCGCCUAUCCAUUACGCUUCCAGUUCCAGUCCUGGCCGAGCCCGCAAUGCCCAAAACAACAUCCCUGGAAGCAGCAGCAGCGCUCUCUUUGUGCGAGGUUCAGAGUCUGCAGCACGAAGUCGCCGUAACGAUAUUCAUUCCGAUGUCUUUGGUACCAGCUCUACGAACCGCCGCCGCAGGUUGUUUGUCGACGAGAACGGCAUGGCUGUUCAGGAGGCAUCGGAUGCCGCAACCUUUUCGAACGCCAAUCCGGACACUUCAGACGCCGAUGUUCUAGGCGGGAAUUCCUCGCGAGUCAUUUGGGGUACCAACGUAUCUCUCGUAGAUGCAAGGCAUGCGAUGCGAGACUUCCUGAUGAACUUCCAAAGGAAAUACCGCAUGAUCCAGGAUGGAGAGAUAGAAGAAGGCACAAGCUUUCCUCCGAACCACCCGGCCCUGAACCGCGAGUAUGUUGACAUUAUGAAGAUGAUGCUCGAGCUUGGUGUUACGCCAUUGAACCUCGAUGCUCGUAACUUGAAAUCAUACCCGCCAACCAGGAAGCUUUGGCACCAGCUUCAAGCGUACCCCAACGAAAUCAUUCCCAUCAUGGAUGUUGCAAUAAAGGAUAAUAUGCUCGAGCUGGCUGAGAAGCGCAUGGCAGAGAUGCGAACUCAACUCACGCAAGCGCAACGCACUGCGCAACCAAGAGCUCGCGACUCAAGCUCUCUGCCACCUAUGCUGAGCUCUGAUGCUCCUACCCCGGGUGGCCCAUCGCCUGCUCCGUUCGCAGAAAUCCCGAACUUGGUCAGUGAGGUAGAUCAGAAGACCUACAACGUUAGGCCGUUCGGUCUCGAUCAUACGAUCAACCUGCGCGAGCUGAACCCUGGUGAUAUGGACAAGCUCGUCAGUGUGAAGGGUCUAGUCAUUAGGACUACGCCCAUCAUUCCGGAUAUGAAGGACGCCUUUUUCCGCUGCUCUGUAUGCAACCAUAGCGUCAGAGUGGACAUUGACCGUGGCAAGAUCACCGAGCCUACCAAAUGCCCGCGUGCUGUUUGCGACUCGCCCAACUCAAUGCAGAUUGUGCACAAUCGCUCUGGGUUCGCCAACAAGCAGGUUAUCAAGCUGCAGGAGACACCUGACGACAUGCCCGACGGGCAAACACCACAUUCCGUAUCGCUCUGCGCAUAUGACGAGCUUGUGGAUGUUUGCAAAGCUGGUGACCGAGUAGAGAUUACUGGUAUCUUCAAGUGCAAUCAGGUCCGCAUCAACCCGCGUCAGCGAUCAGUCAAGAAUAUCUUCAAGACAUACGUAGAUGCCCUACACAUCCAGAAAGUCGACAAGAAGCGACUAGGUAUCGAUGUGUCGACCAUUGAAGAAGAGCUUGCGGAGCAUGCAGCGGGCGACCUAGAAGAAACUCGCAAGGUCUCCGAGGAAGAAGAGGCGAAGAUCAAGGCUACCGGCGCCCGUCCGGAUGUCUACGAGCUUCUUUCGCGUUCGCUUGCACCCAGUAUCUACGAGAUGGAAGAUGUCAAGAAGGGUAUUCUACUCCAGCUGUUUGGCGGCACAAACAAGCAGUUUGAGAAGGGCGGUAGUCCGAAAUACCGAGGAGACAUCAACGUUCUCCUCUGUGGUGAUCCCUCGACCGCCAAGUCCCAGAUUCUACAAUACGUACACAGAAUUGCACCACGUGGUGUGUACACCUCUGGAAAGGGUUCCUCCGCUGUUGGUCUGACUGCAUACGUCACACGCGACCCCGAAACCCGACAGCUAGUGCUCGAGUCUGGAGCUCUUGUAUUGUCUGACGGUGGUGUGUGCUGUAUUGAUGAGUUCGACAAAAUGUCAGAAGCUACGCGAUCCGUCCUUCACGAAGUGAUGGAGCAGCAGACUGUCUCCAUCGCCAAAGCUGGCAUUAUCACCACCCUCAACGCGCGUACCUCGAUUCUUGCGUCUGCCAAUCCCAUUGGAUCAAAGUACAACGUCAACCUCCCGGUUCCACAAAAUAUCGACCUGCCACCUACACUACUCUCGCGUUUCGAUCUAGUCUACCUUGUCCUGGAUCGUAUCGAUGAACAGAACGACCGUCGCAUGGCUCGCCAUCUCGUAGGAAUGUACCUCGAGGAUACACCAGAGAAUGCCUCCAAGAGCGAAGUUAUGCCAAUCGAAUUCUUGACUGCCUAUAUCUCUUAUGCACGCACCAAUAUCCACCCCAAAAUCACCGAGCCCGCAUCAAAAGCACUAGUAGAUGCCUAUGUUGCUAUGCGUAGUCUGGGUGCUGAUAUCCGUUCACAAGAACGAAGGAUCACAGCUACCACUCGUCAAUUGGAGUCGAUGAUUCGUCUUGCGGAGGCCCACGCUAAAAUGCGUCUCUCAGAAGAAGUCACAGCCGACGAUGUUAACGAGGCUGUCCGUUUGAUCAAGUCGGCGCUCAAGCAAGCAGCUACCGACGCACGCACUGGCCUGAUUGAUAUGUCGCUCCUAACAGAGGGAACAUCAACCAGCGACCGACGAAGGAAAGAAGAUCUCAAGCGUGCCGUCCUUGCUUCGCUAGAUGAACUUGGUUCUGCCGGACAGAGCGUACGCACGAACGACUUGAUCAAGAAGGUCCGCGAGGGCGCAAGUGAACAAGUCGAGAACCAGGAGUUCCUUGAGGUACUCAGAAGUGCGGAAUUGGAAGGCGCUGUACAGAUUACUGGUGAGGGUAUGCGGAGAAUGGUUAAGAGGGUUGUCGGUACCUUUUAG